AAAAAAAAACUGUGAAUUAAAUGUGAGAUCUAACUGUCACGUUUACUACUUACCGAGUAUAACAAAGUCUAAAGACAACAGGGAUAGUUUCAUUCACAUUUUGCUGAACGCUAACUUGCGUUUAAACCACCUCGUGCUCUUACUCUCCUCUGUUUACCAAUCAAUUGAUGGAUUACAGUCCGGAAGUGACGUCGCUGCUGUCAGCCAACGUAAAAAAAAAAAAAUAGCCUACUACUCUACUCUGGAAUUACAUGUUUACGUAAAGACUGAAGCCAACAGAUUGUGUUAAGAAUAUUCUUAUCAUACCGAUAUUAGGCCCGUUCAUUUAUGUAUGCAUUUUGUCAUUUAUUAUAUGAUAUCCCUGACUUGGUCCACCGCCUCCCUCCUCCCGAAGAAAUCCUGAAAUCCGAUGGCUCUUUCUCCAGAGCUUGUACAGCCCAGAGCAAAUACGGAGGAGAAAAAAAAAAAAAAAACACCAAGUGCAGUCAACGAGUAAAUUGACUAUAUAAGUCAUGUACGGGGGGAAAGGGAAAGUUUGCGCUGCUCGUAUCCAUGUUUGUUGUGUGGAAUUACUUAUACGUGGUUAAGCAGUGAAGCGCCUCCCAGUGCCUCGGUCAUAGACCUUGAAACCAGCGCAUAUAUGCAGAAUGCAUUUUGGGUUGAGCACGAUCCUAUAGCUGAGGAGGGUCCUUCCACUUGCCCACAGGGCCCCCUCCACCUCAACCUUCCUUCCCUUCUUUAUACAUCUCCUCCUUCAUGGACGCCCGACGCCGGAACAUGCUAAAUUAUUUGGGCAGAAAUUCAGUUCCGUCGCUGGAGUCUGUGGCUGGAUUCUAAUUUGAUGUUGUUUUGGGAAUAAUCUCCCCAUUUCUGUCAGGAAAGAACUUACGCACACUAUUUAUUUAACCUGAAAAUAGCCCACUAAAACUAAGUGGACACAUAAAACAGUUAAAUUAUUAGAUGUUUGAUCAAGCCACGAGUAUGGGCGAUGUAAUCGCCGAGGACCGAAACCACUGUGGAUCCAAUUCGUUGUGCCGUGACCGCAGCAGAGACUCCAAAAGCCGGACGGAAGUGGGGAACCGGUCACCUGUGCAAAGUUCUACCGACACACCGGGGACAUCGGCAUCCACACCGACUUCAUCUAGCGAGGAUGGACACGAUAAACUUUUAGGAGUCGAUCCGGACUACUGUCGAAGGAUUCUGGUCAGAGACGCCAAGGGCACUAUUCGGGAGAUUGUACUGCCGAAAGGCCUGGACCUAGACCGGCCGAAGCGCACGCGGACCUCCUUCACGGCGGAGCAGCUCUACCGGCUUGAGCUCGAGUUCCAGCGUUGUCAGUACGUGGUCGGGCGCGAGCGCACAGAGCUCGCCAGACAGCUCAAUCUGUCAGAAACUCAGGUGAAGGUGUGGUUUCAAAACCGCCGCACUAAACAGAAGAAAGACCAGACCAAGGACACUGACAAGCGCUCGUCGUCCACCUCCGAAUCCCUCGCCACGUGCAACAUCCUGCGUCUCCUGGAGCAGGGCCGUCUUCUGUCUGUGCCUGCGCCUGCACCUCCGCCCAACCCGCUGCUGGCUCACCCGCACCCCGGCAACAGCUCUCUACUGGGGAGCCCAUCCGUAUCCACUUCCUCUGGGGUGAGUAGCACCACCACAGCUCCCGGGUCGGGUGGUGGCGGGACAUUCGGACUGUCGCUGUCUUUAGGUGGCACUCCACCCUCGCCACGACUGGGAGUGCCACCGCCCUCGCUUUGCUUUACCAUGCCUCUCCUGGGUGGCACCCAUCACGAACUGCCAUCGGGAUACGGGUGUGGAUCCUCAGCGUUUGAGCCCUAUAUGAGGAUAGAGCGUAAGGACGGGGAGUUAGGUGGGAAGAAGACAGUUUCCUAAAAGCAUUCCCUACCUAAUGGUACCUUCCCCCCUCUACCUGUCUCAGGGGUCUCACCUGUGCCGUGAACUGCCGGUUGGAUGGAGCGGAGGUUUGCAAACUAACAGAAAGAGAUUGACAUAGUCUUCACUUUUGGAUCCUCAUCUCACUGGCCUCACUAGCGCUAGUGCCUACAACCAAAUUUAGGCCAGUCGGACUCCAUCAUUCGGUAAGGAGGAGCGUUUGGGACGAAGCCUGUAAUUAAGUAUCGCUGUGUUCGGUGAAUUUUAUCGUGCGCAGGUUUACUUCCAUUUUUGCAUUACAUUUGUGGUGAAGAAAGCCUCAGAAUUAAGGCAUGCUCACACUAAGAACAGAAACUAUUGCGAUAACUAUAUUAGCGUCCACACCAACACACAAUAACGCUCUGUUUAUUAGAAAUGUGCUGCAGUUUUGUCGCCUGCCACUUUAAAUGCUCAAGCUCUUUAUAGCAGGGUGGAUUCUGAUUGGCUGUCAAUGAUUUUAUAGUUCAUCAGCUGGAUAAAAAUAUAUUCUGAAAGUGAUUUCCUCUGUGCCGAUAUCUUUACAGUUUUGUUGUGGACUGUGCUGUUCUUUUAUAUUUAGAAUGAUUUUCAAAGCUAUAUGUUGAUCGUUAUAGUUACAGUUAUCAUCCUUGGUGUGAACUGACCUUUAUUCUUUGUGAAUGAUGGAAAAACACUGUAAUGUAAUUGUAACUAAGGCAAAAUUAUUAUUUUGCAAGUUUGUUUCCAAAUGGGUGUUAAAAAAACAAAAAGAAAUGGAUGAAAAAAAGA